AUGGCCGCACCCAAGUACACAUUUGACGCCUCCCUCGCGGGUUUCAACAUCUCCAGGGCCGCCUUCCUCGCCGCCAACCCGCACCUUGCCCGCGUCAUGGCCGCCGCCAUGGUCUUCCGCCCCAAUCCCGACCCCCCCCUUACCUCCUCCUUGCCGCAGACGCUCCUCAUCUGCCGCGCCGCCACCGACACCUACCCUCUCCGGUGGGAGGUCCCCGGCGGCAGCGUCGACGCCUCCGACGCCACCAUCCUCGACGGCGUCGCGCGCGAGCUCCUCGAGGAGUCCGGCCUCGUCGCGUCGCACAUGGUCGCGCCCAUCCUCAUGUCGCCGCACGAGGACCUCCCGGAGGCGGUGCGCGCGGGGCUCGGCAUCCAGCCAGACGACGAGGGGCUCGGCGCGGAGGGGCUGACGGUCACGUUCGUGGAGACGGGCAACCUGUGGGCGAAGCUGACGGUGCUGGUGAGGGUGAGGAGCACGGAGGAGGUGCGGCUGACGCCGGAGGAGCACGAGGAGGCGGCGUGGGUGACGGAGGAGCAGGUGCGCAGGGCGGAGCUGCCACCGGCGGAGGGCGAGGCGGAGGGGAGGAGGAUGGAUUUCGUGAGUGAUGGCGUGCGGAGGUCGAUCCUGGACGGGUUUCGCGUCUAUGCGCAGAGCAUUUCAGGCGAGAAGGAUAGAACAUAA